ACGGUGUCAUCGGGUCUGAAUUCCCUGGCGGCCAUCACGUUGGAGGAUUUCCUCCGUCCGUUUUGCUUCAAGGGGAUCUCGGAUCAACAGGCGGCGACCGUGUGUAAGAUCCUUGCCCUCGCCUAUGGCAUCAUUUCCUUCUGCCUCGUCUUCCUCGUCGAAAAGUGUGGCACGGGCGUCCUUCCCGCAGCCCUGAGCAUCUUCGGGAUCAUCGGGGGGCCUCUCCUGGGCAUUUUCACCCUCGGCAUGUUCUUCCCCUGGGCCAACAACAAGGCGAGCCUCGGCUCCCUGGUCGGAGGCAUCGCAGGAUUCAUCUUCAGUUUCUGGAUCGGCGUGGGAUCGAACCUGGCCUCGACCCAGGAACGCCUCAGCUUCUCCGAGAAGCCCAUGUCCGUCUCGGCCUGCAGCCCGAACGCCACCGACGCGCCCUCCACGCUCUCCCCCGACCAACUGCCCAUGUGGCUCUACCGCCUCUCGUACCUGUGGUACUCGAUGGUCGGCUGCUGGAGCGUGAUCGCGAUCGGGCUCGUGGUCAGCUGGGCGACGGGGAUGCAGAACACGAGGACCCUCAAUCCCAAGCUCGUCUCUCCGAUCUUUCGUUACUUGAGGGAGAAACUCCCCGGCGCCCUCGUUUUCAGGCUGGGACUCGACAUCGGCGAUGAUUACGUGAGUCGUGCGUCUUCGGGCAUCUUCAGCGGCUGGCCGAAUCGAUAUCGCAGCGAGGAUCCAUUCGCGGCGGGCACGGCGGGGCUGAAGGCGAAUCCCUCGCGGGCGUCCAUGCUCACCAGCUUGAACGGGGAGGCGACGUUCUCCCGCGACUCCAGCGUUUAUCAGGUCUUCGACGACGUUCUCAAGCGACAGCAGCACAUCGGGCUCAGGGUCUUUCGGGGAUCGGACGUCUGA